GUUCAAAGGUCGUGUAAACUCGGCUACAUUGUACGUGAGAACACGGGUAGUUGAACAAUGCAACAUCGUAUUGCCUACACAGGGGUUACCCACGGUGAAUGUGUUUAGGUGCAUUGUAGCGUUUGACCAUGAACUCCAUUGUUUCCUCUUCUUUUUUCUUUUUUUUUUUCUUUUUUUUUUCGUCUCGAGAGUCGUAAAACUUAAUAUGAACCAAAUUCCAUUAUAGCAAUAACGCUGUAGAAAUAAGUAAAUAAUUAUAAUAAAAUUUUAAUAUUUAUGGAAAUGUUUAAAUAUCCUGAAGGAAUGAAGGAGUGUUUUAUUUAACGACUCACUCAACGCAUUUUAACUACGGUUAUAUGGUUAUAUAGAGUCGUAAAAAUUAAUAUGAACCAAAUUCCAUGUAGGAACAGACGGGCAGUAAAUAUGUAUUAGUAUUCUGUGAGAGAUGUUCUAAAAAUAGAAUCCAUCCUCUUUCUUUUCACGCUGAUUACUGCAAUCGCUAAAGAAGAAAUGGAGUUUACAGAAUGUAGCAGUUUUGACAGAAGCAAGGAUACCGAAGAAGUGGAGUUUACUCAACGUAGCAAUUUUGACAGAAGCGAGGUCCCUUUUUGGACAUCAUCACGUCUACAACUAGCGUUCCUGGGAUUUUGGGGUUUUGCUAAUCUCUACGCCUUACGAACAAAUUUGAGUGUGGCUAUUGUGUGCAUGGUGAACCAAACAGCGCUUGAAAUUCUUCAAAACGUGUCCGAUUUUUCUGAAUGUGAGGGACGCACUGUUUCUGAUUCUUCAAACGUCACAACACCUCAAAGAUUGUCAGAGGAUGGGACACAUGUUUGGGAUAAAACAGUACAAGGUCUUGUCCUCGGAUCGUAUUUCUGGGGCUAUGUCAUUUCUCAGAUUCCUGGUGGCUGGCUGGCCACACGCUUUGGUGGGAAGAGAGUGUUUGGAUGGGGCAUUUUCCUGUCAGCAUUGUUGACUCUCAUCACCCCCGUGAUUUCCAAUGUCAGUUACGUUCUUCUUAUGAUCAUCAGAAUACUGCUUGGUGCAGCAUCACUGGCAGCUUGUCGCAGACGAGAGUCCAAUCGGGUUGGUCGGAUGUCUUUGGUAUGGUGGCCGCAGACACGUUCCUCCUCUUGGACUCCCGCUGGACCGCCGCUGGAACCGCAACAACUUCCGGAGGCGCUGAUGAGCUGGCUGGGGGGGUCACUAAUGACCACAUGUCCCGUCUCCAUCUGCGUUGGCACACAGUUUGGUAAUGUAAUGACAUUUGUUCUGUCUGGAUUUCUAUGCAAGUACGACUUUGCUGGAGGUUGGCCAUCUAUCUUCUAUGUACUGGGUGGCGUGUCUUUGAUAUGGGUUGCUCUUUGGGGUUUGCUGGUCAGCGAUUCCCCAGCUCAGCAUAAACGGAUAUCUAAAAUUGAGAAGAAAUAUAUAGAUCACUGUUUGGAAGACAGUAUAAAGUAUUCUGACGAAAAGGCAUUAUAUAUUCCAUGGACGAAGAUAGCAAAGUCGCUUCCGGUCUGGGCUAUUAUCGUGAGCAACACAACGUCGGACUGGGGAGAGUUCACGCUAAUCACUAACAUCCCAACAUACAUGAAGGAAGUACUCAAGUUUGAUAUAUUCACGAAUGGUCUGUUGUCAGCGCUGCCGUACGUCUUCCUGUGUCUGGUGAUCAACGUGUCGGGCUGGCUGGCAGAUUUUGUCAGGGAAAAAGAAAUACUUUCUACUACAGCCACAAGGAAAUUGUUUGAUACAUUUGGUAAAUUUGUUCCAGCUAUAAUGUUGAUCGGCCUGGGGUACGUGGAUUGCACCCAACCUGUCACGGGCGUUGUUCUUUUGAUGAUCGGAGUGUGUCUCACAGGUUUUUGUUACGGCGGUUUCAUUGUCAACCACAUCGACAUUGCGCCAGCUUAUGCCGGCAUUCUCUUCGGCAUAACCAAUUCUAUUGCGGCAGUCACAGGAUUUAUCUCCCCUGUUGUAGUGGGCGUCAUAACAAGCAAGAGGCAAACAAGAACUGAAUGGCAGUAUGUGUUUUUGAUUACUGCAGCCAUUUAUGGCUUUGGCGCCAUCUUCUAUAUUAUCUUCGCAUCAGGAGAGCUCCAGCCGUGGGCGCAAUACACACAAAUAUCGGAAGUGGAAAUAUUGGUAAAACCUGAAGAUGACAACCAUGAUGGAAAACUGAAAACCGUAACUGGUAGAAAAACUUUCAAAAAGUUUCAUAAAUAUGCCAAAAUCAAAUGAGGGUACUAUAUCAACUGAUUUUGAAAACUGAUCAAUCUAAUUAAAAUUAGCUCCACUAUUACAUGUGGAUCUAAAG